UUACGGUUCAUCGAAACACUGACGGAGUGCUAAUAUCUGGGGGUUAUUUGGGUCGCAUAGACUUUGCUAUCGCCGAGAAACUCGACUAGUUGCGCAGAGUCUGUCGUGAAGAGCUGAAGUGCUCCUGCAGCUGUCUGUAUUCUUCAUUAUGCUGAUAAUUCUGUUGCUGAUUAAAGUCCUCGCCGUGCUGGGCAAGGGCUGGCCAUGGGAGAACAAAUCCCUGCUUGUGGACAUCGUAGAAACGGUUCCAAAGAGUUCCAAUGCUACGAUGAGCCAGUGCGAGAAGCAGCUGCUACAGCUGGGCGAUGCCUUGCAGGGCCAGAAGUUCUGGGCGUUGAAGGCUCUGGAUGCUUCGGGCGAGGGCUUUUCCAACAUUAUGAUGGGCCCGAGCUUGUGGUUGGGCAGUCGGGCCACCUGCCGUGCUGUCAAUGAACCAAUGCUUCUGGACCUGACCGCGCAAAUGCCGAAACUCCUCGUGGAGGUGGCCCCCUUUGCUUUUGAUUACCAAGUAGCCUACAUCAGGGCCAGAUCUCCUUGGCAAAUAUCGAUUUCUAUUAAGGAGGAUCCUAUGCUCCACAUUGGUCUCUGCCUGCCUAGCAGUUGCAGCACCCCCAGAGUCGAGCGACUACUGCGCCAGGCCCUGAUCACGGGCCAGAGCUUUCAGCGCUGGGAUAUGCGUCCACAGCUUGAGUACGUGAAGAAGCCACAACUGAAGCAGGAUUUCUACAAGAGCCGAACACUCCACUUGGUCCUGGGUGUGAUAACAGGAAUACUCCUGCUGACCGUCCUGGCCGUCAGUGGACUUGAUAACCGUUCCCGCAUCGUAGCCUGCUUUAAUGUAUCUACCAACUGGCAACGCCUGUAUCAUGAAGUGAAUCCCAGCCAGGAGAACAGCGUCAUCAAUGGGCUGAGGGUCUACGCAGCUUUCACUCUUUUGGGGGUGCAUGUAAUCUGGUACAAGUACUUUUCCGUGGACCCUUCGGUGGAGAUUCUCAACAAGCUGGUCCACAUGACCAUGAGGCACACCUACAUACCACUUGUGGUGGAGGUGUUCUUUGUUAUUAGCGGCUUCCUUACCGUGACGAAUUUUCUACGGGACGAGAAACUGCAACAGAACAUUGCCCGGGACAGCCUGCGCGGGAACGUGCAGCGCUACCUCAGGCAGCUGCUGCAUCGCUUCCUGCGUCUUGCUCCUAUGCAGUUCGUAGUCCUUCUAAUAGGAACCCUCAGCAUGGAAUACCAGAAACAGGUGUCCGUCUUUCACAUAAGCGAUUCGAUGGACGAGCUCUGCCCUCGGCAUUGGCACCGCCAGUUGCUAUUCAUCCAAAACUUUUUUCCCGUCAUUGAGCUCUGUGGGAACUGGACCUGGUCGCUGGCUUGUGAUAUGCAGCUCCAUAUGGUGGCUCUGCUGAUGCUCUUCAUUCACACCAGGCAUCCGAGGGUGGUACGAUCUCUGGUUGCUCUGAUUCUGGCGGGGAACAUUGCCUAUACGCUUCUGGUGAUGGAGAUCUUGAAGGUGGGCGGCAAUUUUGAUGAUUUCAUCCACUCGGGCAAAUUGUUGUACGUGAGUCCCAUUGUCCGCACGCUUGCCUAUAUUGUUGGCGGUGCCUAUGGGUAUUCUCAUGUGCGGGGCAGCCCGACUCCUUUCGAUCAGAUACUGCCUAAUCGGUGGGCCAAGCUGGGACUGGUCUUCCUUAUGCUGUAUCUAACGAACCAGGUGGUCGGCCCGAAUCCAUCCUCGCCACUUCUGAUAACCAUUUUCAUGAUCUUUCUCCGACUGCUUCUGGCCGCAGGGACUAGCCAUCUGAUCAGAAUCGGGGAGAAGGCAGAUACGAGCGAAUCGUAUCCACCCAUUCGCUGGCUCCUUGUCCUCCUGCAGGCCAGUUCCAUCCAGCGGGCCGGCCGAUUCACCUACGCCAUCUACUUGCUGAAUCCUAUAGUCAUUCUCAACUUCUACUACUCAUUCAGCGGCGGAUUACAGGCCGAUUUCUUCGUUAUUUUCCUUCUGAUUGUGGCCCACUCGGUGAUUUGCUACGUUCUGGCCAACGCACUCACGCUGACAUUUGAGAGCCCAUUCAACAGGCUGUCCAGCCUGGUGCUGACCACCAUGUUCUCCAAGGAAAAGAGUCUUUAAAUAGAUCUGGAAAUGCUUUUCCAGCUGUUGCUCAAACAUUUUAUUAACUAUGUACUUCAAUUAAACAAAUGGUUAACUGUUUUUUCCUUCGGAAAA